GCUAAAGCAGAUAAGGUUUAAACAGCAAAACGUUUGUGCACUGCGCGCCGCUAACAAAUUUCUUCCCAGCAAUUAAAAGUAAGCGUGGAUCAACUCGCGGUCAACUACGAAAGACUUCUUCUCUCCUGUCCUUCUUGCCGGAUUUAUCUGAAAAUGAUUAUUCCAGUUCGUUGCUUCUCUUGCGGCAAGGUUGUCGGCGACAAAUGGGAGACCUAUUUGCAGUAUCUCCAGAACGAUAUCACCGAAGGUGACGCGCUGGAUAAGCUUGGUCUGAAGCGCUACUGCUGCCGUCGUAUGAUUCUUACUCACGUCGAUCUGAUUGAGAAACUGCUGCGCUACAACCCGUUCGAGAAGAAGGAGACGUACUAGAUAGACUAGACUGGCUCUGAGGUUUGCGCUGUGCUGCCACAUCAGUACUUGCCGAGACUCAAAACAGUCGUGGUAAUAGUACAGAAUAGAGGGGUGUGGCAACACCGGCAGUCUCAGAAGUGUACGAUAUUAUCAUAUGAAGUGAGGGGAUCGCAUAGAUCGUGCAUCAUCAUUAGCAGCAAAUCACUAGGUGAUGGUGAGAUGUACUCGAUCAUGAUCCCGAAGUUUCACAGCAAAUGCGAGAAAAAGUUAUUCAUGGAGUAUUUACUUUUUUUGUUUUCCGGCCAAGAUCUUUUGACAUUCGGUGUUUGAAUUUUCUUUUUAUUUAACCUUGCGUAGUCUGAAUUCAUGACGGUCUACAAUAUGAAAUGCUGUGGCGGUGGCUACGUUAUGGAGUGGAGGGGGGAUAUAACGCCGACCACUAUACACAGCACACAAUGAGUGGAUUACCUACAGAUAAUCAAGCUACUCGAUCAAGGAAACA